AUGGAAACGCCGAAGACUUCUCUGAUCCCGAGCUUCCUCUAUUCAUCAUCCUCAUCUCCGAGAUCUCUUCUGAGCUCCAACUCCAACGCCGCGUUCACAUCCACCAAUCUCGAGAAGUCUCCUGCUCCGGCGACGACGAUGGUGUCUCGGAAGAGUUUCCUUAUUGCUUCUCCCACUGAGCCAGGGAAGGGGAUCGAGAUGUACUCGCCUGCCUUCUACGCCGCGUGUACCUUCGGUGGAGUUCUCAGCUGUGGUCUGACUCAUAUGACUGUUACUCCUCUCGAUCUCGUUAAGUGCAAUAUGCAGAUUGAUCCGGCUAAGUACAAGAGCAUCUCGUCUGGUUUUGGGAUUUUGCUGAAAGAGCAAGGAGUCAAAGGCUUUUUCCGUGGAUGGGUUCCUACUUUGUUGGGUUACAGUGCUCAGGGUGCCUGCAAAUUUGGAUUUUACGAGUUCUUUAAGAAGUAUUACUCUGAUCUUGCUGGACCUGAGUUUUCUGCCAAGUACAAGACUCUCAUAUACCUUGCUGGUUCUGCCUCUGCUGAGAUUAUUGCCGAUGUUGCACUUUGCCCGUUUGAAGCUGUUAAGGUCAGGGUUCAGACACAGCCUGGAUUUGCCAGGGGGAUGUCUGAUGGGUUUCCCAAGUUUGUCAAAUCCGAAGGAUAUGGAGGCUUGUAUAAGGGUCUUGCUCCACUUUGGGGACGUCAGAUUCCUUACACAAUGAUGAAGUUUGCUUCGUUUGAGACCAUUGUUGAGAUGAUCUACAAGUAUGCAAUCCCCAACCCAAAACACGAGUGCAGCAAAGGUCUGCAACUCGGUGUGAGUUUUGCAGGAGGUUAUGUUGCAGGAGUGUUCUGUGCAAUUGUUUCCCACCCUGCCGACAAUCUAGUUUCUUUCCUCAACAAUGCCAAGGGAGCAACCGUUGGAGAUGCGGUGAAGAAGAUAGGAAUGGUGGGACUGUUCACAAGAGGACUUCCUCUAAGAAUUGUGAUGAUUGGGACUUUGACCGGAGCACAGUGGGGUUUAUAUGAUGCUUUUAAAGUGUUCGUUGGCCUGCCAACCACCGGUGGUGUUGCUCCAGUCCCUGCCAUCGCAGCUGAAGCCAAAGCCUAAGACUAAAUGAUGAUGAUUAAAAAAACGUAGGAUUUUUUGUUUGAAAGAAUAAAGAGAAACGUAUGGCAGUGAGGAAGGGUAAGCUCAUCCUCCAGAUUCCAACUUGAUUCAUUUUUUUGGAAAUUUGUGUUCUUGUAUUGACAAUAGUGCUUUCUCUUUUUCACAAUACUAUCUCCCUAUUUUUGUGUGAUGUGAUCCUAAACGAUGAGUAGGACACAAGCUAAGAUGGAGAGUGGGCACACCCACUUACUACUUUUGUUCAUUUUCAUUUGGAAAAUGUAUCUUUUUUUC